AUGGGAAAUCGUCGGCUGGCAGACAUGUUGGGGGUCGAUUUAGCGGAAGCAUUGCGGGAAGAUGGCGAAGACGGGCGUGGUUGCGCAAGGGAGUUGCGAUUCGACUCUGACAAUGUGGGUGUUGGUGAGGCACUUGGAGAAGAUAGUGAGGUUGAUGUAUAUGUUUAUGAGGAGGGGUUAGAGAGUGGAGAUAGAUUUACAAAAGGAGAUGAGGAGGAGGAUGAAGAAGGAGAAGGAGAUGAGGGAGAAAUACAGGGGUCAGAUUUUAAGGAAGUAGAAGUUGAGGGUGGUGCUGAAGAUGAAGGGGCAGAGGCAAGAGGUUCCUCAUUCAUAACCCCAAAGAAGAACACGGUACUGGUGAACACUGUGUUUGGUGUGGAAGAGGAAGUAUCACCCUCAAGUUUGGGCAUGGUAUUUGGGGGUUGGGAUGAGUUGGAUACCUAUUUCUGGAGUUAUGCUAGACAAAAGGGUUUUGGUAUAGUGAGGGCUGAUUCUGGGUGGGUGGAUGUGAAGAAGGAAUUGGAAAAGGGAAAGUGUUGUAAGGAGAGAAGGAAUGCUAAGUGGACUUGUGAUUGUUAUGGUUAUCCUUCAAGGAAGCGUAAACAGGAUGCACUGAAGGAAGGGUUGUUGCAAGAUGAGGAGAUAGUUAAGAAACGGAAAACUAAAAAGUGUGGUUGUCCUGUGAAGUUGUAUGCCAGUGUUAAUAAGGAAGGGAACUGGGUAGUUCGAAGGCUGAAUUUGAAGCACAAAGGUCACAUUGUUACUCCGGGAAAGUCAAAGGAUGUAGCAAUGUACCGGAAGCACGAGUUGAUGGUGAAAAACAAUCACUUGGUCAAGCAGGUGCAUAUGGCGAAGAAGUCUAAGGUGAAGGAAUCCCAAAUGUAUAGUUGUUAUGCUCGGGAGCGUAAUGGAGUGGAGGAGAUGACAUUUACGCAAAGAGACUUUGAGAAUGCAGUGGCUCAGAAAACCAGACUUGAGCUUACUAAGGGUGAUGCAAAUGGCAUGAUAGAAUACUUCAACAAAAUUAGUGCCGACAAUCAGAGUUUUUUCCAUCUAUGUCGGUUUUGGAAGGACGACGCAUUACAAGAUGUUGUGUGGGUAGACGCGAGGAGUAGAGCUGCGUAUGAGGAGUUUGGAGAUGUUGUGUGUUUUGACAGUACAUAUUUUACAAACAAAUUUCACCUUCCCUUUGCUGUGUUUAUCGGUGUGAACCAUCAUGGGCAGAGUAUUUUGUUUGGGUGUGCAUUAAUCUCUCGGGAGACGGCGGAGACGUGUGAGUGGGUAUUGAGGACUUGGCUACAUUGCAUGGGGGGUAAAGCUCCUAUCUCAAUCCUAACGGAUCAAGAUCCGGCGAUUAGGAAAGUUGUAAACUUGACAAUGCCUGAGAGUUGCCAUAGGUGGUGCAUAUGGCACAUACUACAGAAGUUUUCGAGGUAUGUUGGUAAGCAUGAGGACUAUGAAGCUGUAAAGGAUGAGUUUGAAAGUAUCAUUUAUGGUAGUUUAGAUGCUGAUGAAUUUGUAGAUCGUUGGGCGGACGCAAUUGAUUAUUAUAAACUAGGAGAUAAUAGUUGGCUUGAAGGGCUGUAUGAGGAAAGGAACAUGUGGAUCCCAGCGUAUUUGAAGCAUUUAUUCUGGGCCGGGAUGAAAACGACCCAACCUUCGGAAAGUUUCAAUCACCUUUUCAAAGGUUAUGUUGACAAGCAUACAACGUUGUCUGAAUUUGUGCUUCGAUAUUGCGAUGCAAUGCAGAUAAGGGUCGAGUCAGAAAGAAUUGUGGACUCCAACACAAUACGGUAUGUCAGGCAUUUAGCUACCGAUUUCCCAGGGGAGGAAGUGUUCCGGAAGUGUUACACGGACGCCAAAUUCAAAGAAGUUCAGCGGGAGUGCCAGAGGAUGUUGUACGUGCGUCGCCUAGAUGACUAUGAAGUUGGUGAGAAUCAAGUUGAGUUUGUUAUUGAGGACCAAGUGUGGAUCAAGCCAAAACAUGCAAAGAAAGAAUAUGUGACUAAGAUUCGGAGAUGCUACAGGGUGCACUAUGACAGUAAUACAUAUGAAGCAAGUUGUGACUGUAAACACUUUGAGUGCCAUGGAAUCAUUUGUCGACAUAUGAUCUUUGUGUAUGACCAUUGCGGUGUUUCUUUUGUUCCUGAGAAGUAUAUUCUACGUCGUUGGAGGAAGGACAUUUAA